AGAGAUGGAUACCGUUAUCAAGUUAAACACCCAAACGGCUGGAAAGGACAAAAUUGCAAGAUUUUGCCAGUACUCCUGCCGUGCUGUAUGGGCCAGCAAAACUGGACCAGAUGCUGUCGAAACGAUUGCAUUGUUGAAACACAUUGAAAGCACUUUAAGCUCAUUCCGCAAAUUGCUACGCUUUGGAAAAGGCUUCGAAGUGUUAUAUAGCGCAACUGGGAGCGCUGCCCAAUUCAAUCAAACUGUAGCAGGUCUAAAAACGAACGAACUAUACGGCUAUAUGUUCAUUAAGCUUGGAAAAAUUGCAUCGGGAUUGUUUCUACUGGCCGACCAUGUCGUAUGGCUAUCACGGGCUGGCAUUAACAAAAGCAUCAAUACAACCAAAUGGGUCGAUCGAUCGAAUCGCUUCUGGUUGAUAUCGAUCCUGCUCAAUCUUUGCCGGGACAUGCAGGAACUGUACCGACAGUUUGUGUACUACAGCCGAUCGAACGUGCGAAAUCUGCAGCGGACAAUGUAUGCAUUUUAUCGUGAAAACAAACCGCUGCUUGUCGAUACGCUGAAGAACGCUUGUGACGUGUUUAUUCCUCUGAACGCGCUCGGAAUAGUGCCGGUGUCGAACAAAACGAUCGGAAUGCUCGGAGCUUUUUCUUCCAUUAUGGGACUGUUACCGUUACUGUAUCCGAGAUUAAAAUUUUAGCGAUAAGAU